AUGAACAACCUGCCGGAGCCGAACUUGGUGCUUCUCUCGAACUUGACCUUCCACCUGUCGCAGGUGGCCUCGCAUUCCGAGCAAAACCUCAUGCAUGUGUCCAACCUGGUGCUCAUUUUCUCCCAGUGCGCCGACGUGCCGGCUCCCAUCCUGCAAACCAUGAUCGUCGAGCAUGGCACCGUCUUCCCCUGGUUCCAGCCGAUGGAGGAGGUCCGCGCGGCGGCGGCGGCGGCGGCGGCCGCCGGCAGCCGGGCGGCCGCCCCCGCCGGCGGCCCCGGCCCCGGGGCGUCUGCCUCCUCGGCUUCGCUCUCGGCCAUCUCCUCCUCCUCCGACGGCCAGCUCAUGACCCCGGUGUCGGACCUGUCGGACGCCGGGUCGCCGGCCCCCCUGUCGCCGGCCUACGCCCCCUCGGCCGGCGGCUUCUACCACCCGCCGGCCGUCGCCUCCUCCUCCUCCUCCUCCUCCUCCUCCUCCCCGGAUGGCGGCCUCGCCACCGCCGCCGGCGGCGGCCAUUACCCCCCGCACCAGGGGGCCAGCGCGGCCGGCCCCCGGCCGAUGGUGUCGACGCAGGCGGCCGCAGGGCCCGGCGAUGGCGGCGGGGCCCGUGGCAGCCGCCUGCUGGAUUCCCUCGGGGACCUGGGCUACCUGGAUGACGACUUGGAUGACCUGCUGGUGGGCGGCCCGCCGCCGGCCGUGACCAGCCGGUCGCCGGCCGCCGCCCUGAUGGUCUCCUCCUCGUCGUCCUCGCUGGCGGCCGGGGCUCCGCGUUCGGCCGGCAGCUCGGUGGCCUCGCCGACGGCCGCCGGGGCAAACCCCCACCGGGCGCUUUCCUCCUCCUCCAGCACGUCGCUGGCCUCGCGCCACACCGCCGACGCCGGGGGCUCCUCGGCCUCCUUCUCCUCGGCCAGCGGCGCGGGGGCCGGGGCGGCCCAGCGGCCGCUCUUCUCCUCGGCCUCCACCGGGUCGCUUUUCUCCUCGUCGCACUUCACCAUGCCCACCUCGCAGCCGCCCUCCUCCUCCUCGAUGGCGGUGGCGGCCACCGGCGACGAUGGGGUUGGUCUUUUGAGCGCCGGGGCCCAGGAUGACCCCUUCGCCGACCAUCACGACGGGGGGGGGGCCCACGAUGAGGAUGACUAUGACGAUGGGGAUGGCACUCACCGCCAUUACCACCACCACCACCACCACCACCACCACCACCACCACCAUGAUGAUGCCGAGGAGGACGACGAGGACUUCCUGCCCAGCUCGAGCCUGCCGCCGCCGCCGGUGGCCGCCUCGCCAGCGGCCCGGCUCAUGGCCACCGGGGGGACCGCCUCGCCGAAGCCCCUUUUCUCCUCCUCCUCCGUCAGCACCAUGAACUUCUAUGCCUCCUCGUCUUCUUCCUCGUCCUCGGCCCCGAGCAGCCCCCCCCCGGCGGCGGCGGGGGGGUACUCCAUGUCGCCCUCGUCGCCGAUGCCCCCGGCGCCGGCCAAGCCGCCGCGUGGGUUCACCGCCCCGCCGGCGAUGGUGGUGGCCACCACCACGGCCGCCGGCGGCGGGGCCGCGAGCAACCCGUUCACACAGCCGCCGGCCGGCAGUGGCGGCGGCGGGUUCGCCCCCCCCCCGCCGCCGGGCGCGUCGGCCUUCGCCCCGCCCCCCUCCUCCUCGCCCUUCCACCACGCCGGCGGGUCCGGCAACAGUAGCAACCCCUUCACCGGCACCGGGUCUACGUAUGGCAGCGGCGCUGGCGGCAGCGGCACUGGCAGCAUCUCGCCGGCGGUUUUCGACCUGGAGGCCAGUCUGGCCGAGCUGGAUCUGCUGGCCUCCGACCUUCAGUUCUGA